UGCUUCAACAUCUGUCAUUUCCCUGCAAAUCUUGAUCCUGCUCCGCCGCCUUCGCUACCAUUUCCAGCCAUUAGGGGGCGCUUUAGAUAAUGUAGAAGCGGUCGCCUAGCAACCGUCGCCGGACACUCAACAGAACUGGCGCGCGCCGACAGAAGCCCAGGUCGGGUCUUACUUGCUGCUGCAAGUGCAGCAGCCGGCGCUCCUAGUCGAUCCCUCUGGCGCUGGAGGAUGCCAACCACCAGCUGCCCCUUCCCAAUCCCCGACUCUGAAGAUGGGAAACCCUACCCUGGAAACAGCCAGACCUUCCCGAAAACACCCUAUCCUGUACCUGCCCAUCUUGGCCACCAGCAAGACCCCUGGAAUCGCUUACAUGGAGCACGUACCCUAGCAAGCAUCCGAAGAGAAGUCUGGUACUCAGAACCUGAGGUUUCCAGAGACAGCCUGGAUUUUCAUCUCAGUGCUCUGUACAAUCACCAUGAAGACCUGCUUCAAGACAAGAACAAAGUAGUUCUCCAUAAAGAAACAAUCUUUGAUAACCAUGGGAUACUGAAAGGUUUAGAGCCUGAGCAGGAACGCCGUGCACCUUCAGUUCAUUGUCCCUCUUCCAAGGGCAUCUGUGUGAGACACUGGAUCAACCCAGUAAAAGAGUCAAUCCACAGCAUUGAGGGAGCCAUUGAGUCUCCACACACAGCUGCCACUAACAGUGGAUACUCCCGCAAAGAGAAUGGAGGGAUCUUCUAUCACUAAAGAUGUCACAGAGCUGACUGGCCAUGGUGCUGCUUUUGGUCCUUUAAUCACCUACACAGGGGUUAACUCUUUGCUUUGCUUUUAGACCAUUAAACCAUGCAGCUUCACUGAAUUCUAGUAAGGGCACAGCAAUACUGUAUUGCAGUGGUAAAAGAAAAAAGAAAAAAACCAAACAAGCUGUUUCCUACUGAUGAGUGACCCUGCGAACUCAGCAAACCUACAUUAUCCAGAGAUUUAGUAAUGGAUUCAAUCAGUCUGGACAGAGGUCCAUUUAGACUGAAUCAAACAUUAUUUGACUUUAAUCUCACUUAUACCAAUCCAAUCUGGCUCAAAGUGAUUCACAUUAAACUUGUUAAAUAAAAGCCAUAUUUGUAGCUUACCUCAAAGCCACAUGCCUAGCCAGUUUUCUGGGCAUUUGUUGUAAUAUCCUGAAAAACCUGUUUUUUCUGUUCUGCAUUAAUGUCACAACUAUAGGACAAUUUCAGGAAGAGAAUGCAGUGUAUUUUCAGAGACCAUGUAAACAAAGAGAGAACUAAAAUAUAUGUGGUCAGAAGAAAAGAUUUUCCAUAGUUUUGUCUGACACUAGGUUUGACCAUAUCUAUAUAACAAAAACACUUUAUGGAUCACUGUAAAUAUUAAAUACCAGUAACUCUUUCUGUAUUACAAAUAACUUGGCAAACAUCUUCCUUUGACCUAAAACUUAAAGAUACUGUUUGUCUGUUUCUUUGAACCCAAAGAUCAUUCUUGUGAAUUCCUAUUUCCUUGAGCAGUGUACCUUAAGUGAAACACUCCAGGGCAAUUCCCAGGAACAAAAUGCUUAGAGACUCUGAAGACUGUAACCAUUAUAUCCAGUUCACUGCCUCCUUCCCAAGUCAACCAGGAACAAGGAUGAGCCAAAUGCCAAAACAAACACAUAAAGUUUGCAAGAACAAAACAUAACAGAUGAGAGGACCAAAGCAGUUCAAAAGACUUUAAUGAACACAAUGACUGUGUGCAGACUAUCUGGUACAAUAGAUGCAGCCUGUGAGCAAAAAAGUGACUGGUUCAACUCCUGCAUUCCUACCCAGCCAUCAUGAUUUGUUAGUCCUUAUCUCCUCAGGAUAGUAACAAAUUAGCAGUGUUGCUCAGCCUGGUGCCCUUCAGAUGUGACUACAACUACUUUCAUUCCCAGCCAUCCUGGCCAUCAGUCUGGGGAAGGCUGUGUUCCUCUACCUUCUUAACCCUCUCCAAUUCCUGUCUACAUUCUUCUAGUUCUGUUUUCAACUGGUUUUCACUACCUAUUGUUUCCUCUAGCCAUACUGUACCCUACUAGUGUUCUUCCUUUGCUUUUCCAGUAUAACUACUUCUGGCCAGCCUAUCCCCUCCUGACCAGCUUAUUGAUUCUUGUUUCCUAUUACCUUCCCUAGCCUAUCUUUCCUUUACCUUCAAUAUCAAGAGACCAGCUACAUUCUUCAUUCAGCAUUCUGACCUCUGGAAACCUGUACUUUAACCUUCCUAUUUCCAUGGACUUUUUCAUAGUCCUCGGACAUUUAAUCCCAGCCAAAAUGCCAGUGUUCAUUUCCUGAACAGGAAUAGCAGUCUGUUCAUUUCCUGGAGCAAUUAAACAUCUCAAGCAUUAUACCACAGCAAAUCAUCGGGAGGGUUCAGUAUAGCAAGUUAUAGUACAAUACAAUAUAGAUCUACACUGGGUGGAAAAUGUAAUAAAAUAGGCGAGUAUAGAAUUUUGACUUGCAAAGUUUGUUGUCACCAGGGCUGUAUGAUCAUGAUUUGCCUUGAGAUUUGCAAACUAAUAGACCUCCUACUCUACCCAUAAUGCUGAAUUCUGACAUAGGAUCUUGUUGCACAUGUACCUACAUGAACAAAGGCAUUUUAU